GAAGGCAUGAGGUGUGGUCCUGGACAACAGCUACCAAGGAAUCCUUGUGUUUCAUGUGGCAAAAAGUGAAAGUGCAGCUAAUGCUAAGCAUGUCUUUCCUUGCUGCUGUUUUUUGGUAUUGUAGAAGGCUAUACAGCUUUUUAGCACAGCUACUGAAAUGGUGGAGCAACUACCUUCAGAGAAAACUCAUAAGGAAUCUCAGUGUGCUGACAGAAGUUGAUCUACUUGGUUAUAGUGCGAGAGAAUGGAAAGGAGAAACAAAGCAGGCCAAACACAUGAGGGAGGCUUAUGAAGAAUUGUUUUGGAGCUGUCAUAUCAAAUACCUGAGACAAGUCAGGAGAGACAACUAUAGUGCAGUAAGAGCGGUGCUUUUUCAGAUAUUCAGCCAAGGCAUUCCUUUUCCUUCAUGGAUGAAGGAAAGAGAUAUAUUGAAGCUUCCUGAAAAGCUUUUGUAUUCUCAAGGUUGUAACUGGAUUCAGCAAUACAGUUUUGGGCCAGAAAGAUACACAGGUCCCAAUGCGUUUGGGAAAUUGCGCAAAUGUAUGGAGGCAUUAAAGACAAAUUGGGCUGAAAUAAGUGCUACUAAAGAUCAUGAAAAAAGAGGAAACAUGUGUAAUACACUCUUUUCUGAUGAAAGCAAGGAACACAAACUAUAUGAGGCCAUAAAGUUCAUCAUGCUCUAUGAAGUUGUUGAAGCCUAUGAGCAGAUAAAGAACAGGGAAGAACCUGUACAUAACCUUUUUAGCCUUCUUUUUGCUCGUGAUACUUCAUCUGACCCUCUGAGUUUCAUGAUGAAUCAUCUGAACUCCAUAGGUGACUCUAUUUGCCUAGACCAGGUUGAACUGUUUCUUCUUGGAUAUGUACUUGAAGUAAAGAUAAGAGUUUACAGACUGCAUAGGUUUAAUACUGAGGAAUUUCAAGUAAACUAUCCUGAUGAAUACCGAAGGGAAUGGAAUGAGAUUUCUCUCCUGACUGAGGAUGACCACUACUAUCACAUCCCCCUGUUCAGAACGUGAAGGACCAGUGACUUGUUUUUCCUUUGUAAAAUAUAGUGAGUGACCAGUUCCAGUGAAUUAGGUUUCUAAUCAUUAGCAGUAAAAUCUUGAGAAUGCUCGUUAAUGAUUACAGAAUGAUUUAUGGGUUUAUUGUGUAAACAUUUUGCUUUCCCAUUGCAGAUCAGUUCACCAGCAGUCAGACAUAAAAACCGUAAAACAUAUUGCUAUAGUGUCUGGGGAAAAAAAAAGUCGCAUUUGAGGGUUGUCAGACAAAAAAAAAUUGGACUGCCUGACAAAGAAAGCAAAGGUAAUGCUGGGUUUUCGAUUACUGGCUUAAGGGUUAAACUCAAGUGCCUGGAUGGGUUAAACUCAAGUGCCUAAAGCAAUGAGACUACCUUUCCCUACUGCCUGUCUAUCUCUAGCUUAGGGAGGAUGAAUCACAGAAGAAGCAACUCUUGGGGUCCCACAGUUUAUACUGUGGGUAUUUAAGUUGUAUUGACUUGGGGCUGCCUGGCAUGGGAGGACGUAAACUGGGGCCUUUGUGUAGCUGCUUCAAAUCUCACUUGGCUUCCCUUGUUGCUGGAGUGCCUCUCUCCAGGGAUGGGCAGAGCAAGCAGCUGCAGGCUGUACUUACUUCAGGCAUGAGAAAUUAAGCUGUCUGCACCCAGCAGUGAUAUCUGAAGGUGAAGAACUUUUACACAGGGGAAACCAACAAGAAUACUGUGCCAGAUGGAUGGAAGAUCGCUUUAUAAGUGAGGAAAGUACGUAGCUUUCUCAGAGCUAAAAAGGCCACUACUAAUCGGUCACAGGCAACAGAGUUAGACCCAGUAGCUGCGUGUGGUUUUUGUCAAGUUGUAAAUCCUUUAAGGGAUGAUUCCAACAUUACCUACCAAGAUUUCCUUUGCAAUUCAUCUGAGAAAACUGUGCAUGGAAUACAUUCACAAACACUGCAUUUUUCAGAAAAUAUUCAUUUUCUAUGCAUUAUGUGAAUUCAGUAGUGUUGCAUACAUGUUUUAUCCUCUGAGUAUGUAUUAAACUCCUUGGUUAAGAUUGCUAUCACUUAUUUAGAUCUCCAUGUUUGAAGAAUUCUGUCUGGGACAACUAAAUGAAAUUUACCUUACUACAUGGAACAUUUUGCUCAGUUCUGUUUUCUAAAAGAAUCAAUUGUGUUUUGAUUAUUUCAAAAUAAGGGACCUUAAUUUGAAGAAAUCUUAGAUCUCGCAAAAUAUUUGUGAAAAGCUUACAGUGCCGUAGGCGUACGGUUGUAUUGAAGAAAACAGGAUUAAUUAAGAAACAAAGCCUCUCCUUUCUUUAUCCUGGAGAUACGAGGACAGGCAGGUUUGUUUUUCAGUUCCUUCAGGAGAAAAUGCUAACCAGUAAUAAAAAUGUGAACAGGGCCUGCAGGAGCUAAGGCAGUUGCAUGAGGUAUUUAAAUGUAAUGCUUGGAGUCAAUGGAGAGUACUCAGUUCCUUUGUGUAAAGGAAAGAAAUUUUAUCCCUUACGCUCCUUUUAUUUGUAUGUAUAUGUAUAUAUAUUUAUAAACACAAACACUUAAGUUCUGUAUUGUAGCAGUUUUUUUUCCUGGAAGUGUUUCUGAGUUCAGUUUUGUUCAGUAACUUGUAGCUUUUAAUUAAGAAGGUUUGAUAGCUGUAAUAAUUUCAUCUCAUCAAAACUUGCAUAGCAAAUACUUUAUUUAUUAAAAAGAACUCUUUUUCACUGAAUGAAAUAAUUUUAUUACUUUAGAUUUGGUUCUGCUCUGCAUGGGGAAAUGUUGUAAUGCUUGAGUGUAGAAUAUUGCUGUCUAUUUUGCAUCAACAGUAACAUUUACAGCUAUCAAUAAACUUGUCUAUAUUUUAUUCUUGUUUUGGUGCAAGCAGACAUACAAAAAAAAAUGUAUUUUUAUAGUGGGCUUUUUAAUGAUUUGCAUAUUAUUUAUGAAUAGAAAUACAAAAACAUUACAGCUGAAAGUGAUAAAUUGUCAAAAUGUACAUUUUUGUGAUCUUGAACAUAUUAAUAGCAGGUGAUUAAUAAAGAUCUAACACAGACAGUGGAAUUUACCUCA